UAACACGUAGAAAAUCCGUGUUCGAGAAUAAGAUUACCAGGGCGCGAAGAUGGGGGUGAAUAAUGCUUCUGUUCUGAGCUAGCGUGGGGUUGUGACAGGGAGGGACACGUUUCUGAGUGUCUUGUGUCUAGUCGUAGGGCACCGGGUAGUUACUGAAUGUCUUAGACGACGAAGUAAUCGCUUAACGUCAUGGCUAAAUAAGUCAACAAGUGUCUGUGUCUCUGCGCCGGGUAAAUGAUGGUAUCAGGAUUCACAAUAUCCGGAUAUGUCCUUCAUAUUUGAUUGGAUUUACAGUGGUUUCAGUAGUGUAUUGCAGUUUCUAGGACUGUACAAGAAAUCUGGCAAGCUGGUGUUUCUUGGACUGGACAAUGCAGGCAAAACAACACUACUGCACAUGCUCAAAGAUGACAGACUGGGACAGCACGUGCCCACUUUGCAUCCAACCUCCGAAGAGCUGACGAUUGCUGGCAUGACUUUCACCACCUUUGACCUUGGUGGCCACGCACAAGCUCGAAGAGUCUGGAAAAACUACCUCCCCGCCAUCAACGGCAUCGUCUUCCUCGUGGAUUGUGCAGACUACCCGAGAUUGGCGGAGUCCAAAACAGAACUUGAUGCACUAAUGACAGAUGAAACUAUCGCCAAUGUGCCCAUUUUGAUCUUGGGAAAUAAGAUUGACAGACCAGAGGCCAUCAGUGAGGAGAAGCUGCGUGAACUUUUUGGGCUGUAUGGUCAGACUACAGGCAAGGGCAACGUGCCGCUGAAGGAGCUGAACACGAGGCCACUGGAAGUGUUCAUGUGCAGCGUGCUGAAGAGGCAGGGCUACGGCGAGGGAUUCCGCUGGCUCUCUCAGUACAUCGACUAGCCCCUCCCCUGGUCGUCCCCACGCUCAGUGGCUGUCCCAGUACAUCGACUAGCCCCCCCAGUUGCCACCAUACUCAGUCUCAUGUUUGGUUAGACUGUCUGCCUCUGCUACCAGAACAUUAUAACUUAAACCCAAAGGACUUUUUAUUGAUUGAACUCUUGGUUAAAUGACUUUUGAGAGGAAAUAAGAUGGCAUUGGCAUCCACCCUGCAGAAAGGUGUAGACUAAGCAGUUGAUAUCUUCCAUUCCCCUGGCAUUUUUUCUCCCCACUGAGUCUUAUUGAUGUGGGGAGACGAUUGCAACAUAGCUGUUGCUCCCCAGCAAUGAUUUUUAGUCGUGGCAUCUCAUCCCCAACAGAUUUUGAACUGCAAGAAAAAAAAGACAGCUGUAUGUAUGUCAAUGCACUUUUUUAACAGGAAGAUUUGCAAACAUGUGACUGGUAUUUCAUCUUUUUUUUUAAAAAAAAAAAAAAAAAAACUUUGUUUCAAUAAACUUAGAAAAUUGUGGCCAUGUAUACCUCUGUUACUUUGAAAUGUAUGUCUUUUUUUAUUU